CAGCAAGAGAACUUACAUUUCUCAACUUAUAUCAUUCGAAAUUAAUGUCUUUGAAAUUAACACAUUUGGCAACUCUGGUACCGUUUCUAGCCACACUGCUCGUUCUCCAGCUUGUCCCAACAACUUUAUGCGAUGCCAACCAGAUGGUGGCAACGGAUCCAGAGUCAAAGCUAGACGCAUGGAUUGCACUAAACAAGAAAGAGUACGAUGAGGCUUCAAAGCACAUCCUUUCCGACAACUCCCUAAUCGCAUCCCUUAGCAAAGCUCCGAUGAAGAUCAUCAAGGUCAGAAAAGAUGGUGCCGGAAAUUUCAAGACGGUGACCGAGGCCGUUAGCAGCAUUCCGUCGGGAAAUUCAGACCGAGUGAUUAUAUAUAUUUAUGGUGGUGAGUACAGGGAAAAGGUAGUUGUCGAUAGGUCAAAGCCCUUCGUGACGUUCUAUGGGCAACCGGGCAAAAUGCCCACCAUAAUUUAUGACGGUACGGCGAAGAAAUAUGGGACCUGGAAAAGCGCCACGGUGGCCAUUGAGUCUGACAACUUCAUGGCAGUCAAUAUUAUCUUUCAGAAUUCAUCUCCAAAACCAGAUCCCACAAAAUCCGAUGGACAAGCAGUGGCACUGAGGAUAUCUGGGGACAAGGCAGCAUUCUACGGUUGCAGGUUCAUAGGGUUCCAAGACACCUUGUGUGAUGACGUGGGCAGGCAUUUGUUUCAGAGCUGCUACAUCGAGGGCAGUGUUGAUUUCAUAUUUGGAAACGGAAAGUCCAUCUACAAGGACACCACCAUAAAAUCGGUUGCAGAGAAUUUGGGUGUGAUCGCAGCACAAGAUAUGAAUGGCCAAUCAGGGGACAGCGGGUUUGUAUUCGAUCAUUGCAAGAUACAGGGGACUGGCGAUAUGUACCUUGGUCGAGCAUGGAGGGAGACAUCUCGGGUUGUAUUUGCCUAUACAUACAUGGGCAAUAACAUCAAUAGUGGCGGUUGGAUGAAGUCUCAGCACCAAAAGAAUGUGUUUUAUGGAGAGUACCAAUGCACGGGCCCAGGCUCAAGUUCCUCCAACCGCAAAUUUGGAAAGAUUCUUUCCGACGAUGAAGUCAAGCCCUUCUUGAGCACCACUUUCAUCGGAGGAAGUGAAUGGCUAGUUCCAAUUCCAAAGAUUGCUUAAAAACUCAUUACAAUUUGCCAAAUGCAGAACGGCAACUUUUCUCUAAGUAGAUAUAAACAUCCAAUACCUUUUUUUUUUUUUUUUUUUUUUUUUCUUUAGAAGAGUUAAAGUUCACCUGUCCAUGAGUGCAUCCAAUAUAUUCAUACAGUUGCAUUUAAUUUUCUCCUUUUUCUAACACUAAAUUUACAUUUAUAUCAGAAUAAAGUGAGAGAUUCCAUAAUCA